CGAUUCUCUAUUGGAGAUUCGUACAAACUACAUUUGUAUUAAUAAAAAAAAAACUUAGGAUGUUUUUACUUGGAUUGUAAUUUGUCCCAGACCAGAUCAGACCAGACCAGAUCAGACCAGACUUGGGUAGUUAUAAAAAAUACAAAGAAAUCAGACCAAACCAGAUCAGGCCAGUAAAUUACAUUCUAAGUAAAAAACAUCCUUAAUAAAAGAAAAAGAGCCAAAGAAUCACACGCAGUUCAGUCUUCAUUGCACAUCAAGACACUCCCCUGUUACCGUUGCCGGCGGCGGAAAAAUGGGCAAGGGCGGAGCACUGUCCGACGGCGUGAAGAAGAAGAUCAUCCUUUCCUACACCUACGUCACAGUCUGGAUCCUCCUCUCCUUCACCGUCAUCGUCUACAACAAAUACAUCCUCGACCGCAACCUCUACAACUGGCCCUUCCCCAUCUCCCUCACCAUGAUCCACAUGUCCUUCUGCUCCGCCCUCGCCUUCUUCCUCGUCCGCGCCGCAAAACUCGUCGACCCGCCGACCGCCGUCACCCGGCGCGUGUACCUCACGCGCGUCGUCCCCAUCGGCGUCCUCUACGCCCUCUCCCUCUGGCUCUCCAACUCCGCCUACAUCUACCUCUCCGUCUCCUUCAUCCAGAUGCUCAAGGCCCUCAUGCCGGUCGCCGUCUACGCCGUCGGAGUUCUCUUCAAUAAGGACCCGUACAAGCCCGCCACCAUGGCGAACAUGGUCGGGAUCUCCGCCGGCGUCGCAAUCGCCGCGUACGGCGAGGCGAAGUACGAUUCCUGGGGGGUGUUUCUGCAAUUGCUCGCCGUCGGGUUCGAAGCGACCCGAUUGGUGAUGAUUCAGAUCCUGCUCAAUUCGAAGGGAAUCUCGCUGAAUCCGAUCACAUCCCUGUACUACGUCGCCCCUUGCUGCUUCGUCUUCCUCUCGAUUCCAUGGCUGAUCGUCGAAUUCCCCGUUUUGCGGGAGAAAUCAGGGUUCGGAUUCGACUUCGCCAUAUUCGGGACGAAUUCCCUCUGCGCGUUUUCCCUGAACCUCGCCGUCUUCUUGCUCGUCGGGAAGACGUCGGCGCUGACCAUGAAUGUCGCCGGAGUGGUCAAGGACUGGCUCCUGAUUGCUUUUUCCUGGUCCGUGAUCAGAGACACCGUCACUCCGGUGAACUUAAUCGGGUAUGGGUUGGCGUUCUUGGGAGUGGGUUUCUAUAACCACUCCAAAUUGCAGGCUUUGAAAGCUAAAGAAGCUGAGAAAAAGGCGGCGGCGGCGGAUGAAGAAAGUGGGAAGCUGUUGGGAGACAGAGGUGGGAGUUCGGGAGGAGACUUGCUGGGGAAGAAGGUCAACGCUCAGGCCUAAUUUCGUAAUUUCAGUAGGGGGAAAUUAAAGGAAAAAGAAAAAAAAUGAUAUCUGGAGUUCAUUAUCACUGUAUAUCUUAAUCAACCCUCCUAGGUGACUUUCCACAAAAUACUCGUGGAUAAAAUGUAAAGCUAUUAAUAGUGGAAAAAAUAGCACGAAAACAACAAAAUAGAAAUAAUUAUUAAAAUCUGCUGGAUUGACUUAUAA